CGCGUUGAUAUCUCAUGUCACCUUGGAAACAAUGCCAACACACGAGACCCUGAUCCGGUGACCGUGCCAUGGGGUCCCAACAACCAGGAUCUAAAGAUCAUCGAUGGGCCUACAGCCCUUGGCUACAUAUUCAGCGUCGCAACGCCUCCUAACGGCGCUACCUACGACAACUACCUUGUGCCGUUGCAAGCAAUUUACAGUCGCUGCCUCUAUCUGGCGUAUAUUCGCAAGAUCGGGGUCCCCAGGCCCGUCAAUAAUGCGACCAACGUCCCUGUCAUGAGCUCUUGUAUCUACUUCCGCGACGCAGGCAAUCAAUUGUGGUUCCUCCUAGGCAGCACAUAUACUCUCACAUAUGCUGCGAACGGAUCCAAUAAAGCAGAUCACAAUGCCAAGCGACGCCUGAUGAAUGGCUGGAGACGGGAGCAGAUCCUUGACCCGGCUUUGCAGUCAUACAACCCCAAUCACUACCUCCCCUCAAAGCCUUAUGUUCUGCCGCCCGUCCUGGAACUAGCUGUUGCCGAGGCUAUCUGGCUGAGCCUCUUCAAUGUUGACCUUGGAAACAACCCUGCUAUUCUCUUUAACACGAAUCUCUCAGAUCCGAACCCCUGGGUCACUGUGUCCGAGGAUGACGCAAAUGCCCAGUUCCAGCUCGUUGUGGACGCCGUGAACGUUGCGUGGAGGGCUGUCCCUAAUCCCAGAGAUCUUGUGCCCUUCCCCUGCAAAGAUCUCUGGGAUCGGGCCCCGUUCAAGGACUCCCUGCAAGCAGCGCUGUUGAGCGUUGUGCGGCUUCGGUGGCAAUUAGGCAAUGACCGCGAUGAUGCUGCAAUACAGGCUGCAUACAGACCGGUGUUUGAUAUCAUGUUUGUUCCAAGGAUGUUUCGGCCUAAGGCGAAUAAUACACCUAAUAUAACACUUGGGGAAGUCAAUCCUGGACCAUUUCUACCGACCUACAUGGCCCUGAAAGACGCACUCUUCUCCAAACUCUAUGGAAACGUCAACACAAGCCCUGUUCUUCGCAUGCUGGAUUAUUUGUAUACCUGGGUUAACGCUGGAAAUGAUUAUCUUGCAUUUGCAGGCCCAUCGGUUCCAAGGCCGCAUUAUACACCAGCACGAGCUCUCCCAGGAGCUUUAAAUCCAUCCCAAGUGCGUGGAUUCGCAAUGGAGGUCAGAAGUUUUAACAAUUACCGCGGCGGAACAACAGCCGCGAGUCUAGCGGCCAACUUCAGCAGCACCACGCUCAACAAUUUCCACGACAAUGUAGGAGUAUAUCGCAAACCAUGCAAUAAUUGCAAGACCCUUCUACUCGAAUUAGAUGCACCUAUUGGUACUACUAAUUAUGAUCAAGAUAUGUUAGCAUUCUAUGGUGCUGCGAUUUUUGGUUAG